AGGCGACACCUACUUCGUGAAGAUCGCGAAAGAUGUGAUUCAUAGUAGACUGGAAAGUCGCUGGGUCAUUUGUGAGGCCAAAAGGCAUCACAAGGAACUCGUAAUGCCCAAAGCGAGAGCGGAAGGCAGUCUUAUGAGUAUCCUCUUCGCGAAUGAGGAUCUGGUGGAAUCCACUUCGGAGGUCGAUCUUUGUGAAGUACUUGGAUCCACGGAGGCGAUCAAGAARCUCGGAGAUGCGAGGCAAGGGGUACUUGCUCUUCAUCGUGAUCCGGUUGAGGGAGCGGUAGUCUGUGCUCAUGCGGAGUUCGGAGGUUCCACCUUUGUUGACGAAGAGGCAACUUGUACCGAAGGGGGAGGAGCUUGGCUUAAUGAAUCCUUUUUCAAGGAAUUCAUUGAGUUGUCGCUUCAUUUCUUCGGCCUUGGGAACGAAGAGCUGGUAGGGUGUGCCUUCUACUACGACGGCGGUGUCCUUGUCCCCGAGUCGAAUGGUGAUUGGGAAGUCAUUGCCGGCGGAAGGGAGACCGGCUUUGCAGGCACAAGCAUUGGUAAUGCAGUUGCCGAGAUGGAGAUGGAGGAAGGGUUGGGGAGGAGGGUGGAAGAGCACGAGGCGGUGAUGAUCUCGUCCGGCGGGGUAGAGGAUGGUGCCGGUGGAGGAAGGUGCACGCCGAGAUCAAGGGUGGGGGGGGUGGAAGUGAUAGUGGACAAAGUCGAGAGAGAUUUUGAUUGGGGGGAAAUGAUUGACGACUGUGUGACGGCGGGGGUUGUCGUCUUGGGCAAGGGGGGAGGUGGGAUGACCAUGGUGGAGGUGGUGGUGGAUGAAGGUGGGGGCAUGGAUGACGUGCUGGCAGAGAGAGCGGUGGAUGUGGAGGAGGAGGUAACUGGUGUAGAUGUGGAGGCGGAGGGUGGGGGAAGGGUGAUGGAGUCCAAGGUAGAGGAGGGGGCCGUGGUGGUGACGACCUGGAUGGUGGAAGAGGCAAGCUGUUAUUCGAUGGUGAUUAUCUGGCCGGAAAGGCUGGAGAGGGACGUUUGGAGGGAGUCGAGGGUGGCCUUCAUGGUGAUCAUGAGGGAGAAGASGGUGGAAGAGUCAGCGCGGGCCUCCUGGGCGGCAGCCUGAUUGCCAGUAAUUUUGCGGCGGAGGCUAUCGAUGGACUGGGUGUUGAUGGAGGGCAUGUUGAUGCUAGAUUCCGCGGCCAUCGCGAAGGAAACUGCCGGGGUGGUGGCAGUUGAUGGAGAAGUGGGCGGUGAUGAGGUGAAGGCAGCUGCAACGGUGGUAGCAGCGGCAGCAACGGUGGCGCGCUGAGAGUUCUUGGUUUGGCAUGGCAUGUGGGGGUGAGGAGGAAGCGGG